AAUUUUCAAUGCUUUCAUAUUUAUAUCAAUUGUUUUCAUAUAAUAAUGAAUGACACUCUGAUAGUGCGUGUACUAUCUUUACUUUUCCUACUGCGUUAAUUUAAUUGCCUUUGUUGUAUGUUAUUAUUCCCGUUCAUAUUGUGUAUAACUUACGAUGAAACGUGAUGCGAAUGUAUGCUAAACUCAAAAUUUCAGUUCAUUGGACUAGAAUAAAAUUCUAGAAGGACAAGGACCAUUGGCUUUUCUUUCCAAAAUCAUGACUAUUCUCGAUGAGUUUUCGUUCAGUGGGAUAAAAUUUCAGGUUGAAAUUCAAUCAUUAGAUGCUAUCACUAAUAAAUUGCUCGGAUGACGAAAACUUGUUAAAACAAAAUCUAACGAGGGAAGAUCACCAACUGUUCAAUCGCUUUGGAGUCAGAACUAUGUGUAUCAUGUAGAUCCUAGUGAGUUAUGAAUACCUUGAAAAGAGUUCGGACCGCUGGCUUAUUAUUGUCGAGAUACUGCAUUUUUACGAUAUUGUUAAGCAGAAUGGCGUGGUUCCCCUCAGAAGCAUCAGUAAAACUGAAUUUCGAGUUUUGACUUGAAAUUUGGCACAGAAACAGGCCUCAAUGAGAGUAGUUUAUUGUGAAAGUUUCAAAUCUUUUGGUUAUUCCUAUCCUAAGAUACGGCUAAAAAUGGUGUUUUUACACGGCUUAUAUACCCUCAACAAGUUCCCAUGUUCUUAUUUCAGAAUAGAAACAACAAAAAGAUCUGAAAUUUCCUCCAUAAACUACUGUCAUUCAGGUCUGUUUCUGUGCCAAAUUUCAAGUCGAAUUUCAACACUCAGUUUUGCUGAUGCUUCUGAGGGGAAUCACGACAUUCUGCUUAACAAUAUCGUAAAAAUGCAGUAUCUCGGCAAUAAUAAGCUAGCGGCCGGAACUCUUUUCAAGGUAUUCAUAGCUCAUUAGGACCUACAUGAUGCACAUAAUACCGACUCAAAAGCGAUUGAACAGUUGAUGACCUUCCCUCGUAAGUUUGAACAGAAGGUUCAAGGAUAUUUAUCGUUCCAAAAUUUUACUAGUCUCACUGAGAUCUACUCAUAGGCAAAAAAAAUCAGUUUAAUCGGCGUUGAUUAAUUGGAAAGUUUCUCUCAUUAGAUCAAAACUUCUAUGACAAGAUAUAUAAUAUUUGAAAAUUAAAGACAGUUACUCUUAUAAAAUUAUUCAAACUUCUAUAGAACUUUACUUUUGUUGCAAAUACGGAUUUAUAGAUAAUUCUCAGGUAAUGUUAACCCACUGUUUGAGCUCAUAUCAAGGAUCUUUGAGGAUAAAAUACAUUGAAAGUAGCGCUACCUUCAAGUAAAUUCGAUUUCUAUCACAACUGUCGCCAAAUUCAAUAUCUCGACAAGUCGCUCAAACUAUCUAUAGCCAAAAUCUCAGGUUAAAAUUUCGUUAUUUGAUUUUUCAGUAAAUACUUAACAAUAGAUCGAAAAUUCAAUAAAAUGGCUCUAACUCAGCUCCAACAACUUAUGAAGACGAACCGCUCGAGGUUUUUUCUACUCUUACCGAGACUUCCAUAUGACCUUAACCAGUGAGUAACAGUUGGGAUAGUUCAUUUAACUAGUAAAACUCGACUGUAUCUUAAAUUCUCAUCUUCGAAUUAGUUAUAUAAGAAAAUAGUUGAAUUAUGUUUCAUGAAAAUUAUCAAGAAGUUUUUUCAUCAUUCUUCAAAUAAUUUUUGUUUGUUUUGUUGUUAGAUUGACAUACAUUAAAUCAGCUGUUACACGAAAUGAAAGUGAAAAAACGCUCAAUACUAUUAUUGAUCAAAUAUCAACAUCAGAAAAAAUGGAUAUAAUAGAAAAUUUUUAUGAAAUAACAUUAGAUGCAUUAAAAGAAGCUAAAAAUAAUCGUCUUUGGUUUAAAGUAUAUCUUAAAUUAGGUAAAUUAUAUGAUGAACAACAAGAUUAUAAUAAAUUACAAAAAGUUAUUAAAGAAUUAUAUAAAGCUUGUGAAACAUCAGAAGGUUAA